GGUAGCUCCACGGUAAAACACAUAUAAACCAGUGGAAACAGCACUUACAUCGUCAGAAAACUUGAGAACACGUACAUGAUCACGGUGAUACACGUAUAGUUUGGUGCGUAAUUACGCGCCUGGAAAGUUGUUCAGGCCACUUUUGCUUUCCUUUGUUUUGAAAUUAUAACGGAAUAAGUUUUGCGCUCUUUUAAAUAAUUUGAAAGUACUCGGACAAGAAAAGUUUUUGGACCACAAACUCAUCUGAAUCCAAGUUUCACCAUGGCAGAGGGGGAUUUCUACACAAUGGGCAACCGACAGAGAAUCCCACGGGAUCCCUUCAGGGAACAGUCGCUCGCUUCGCGGUUUAUGGACGAUGAGUUUGGACUGCCACCCUUUCCCGACGAAUUAUCUAUGGACUGGCCCGGCUGGGCGCGACCUCGACUGAGCGCCCGACUCGACGCGCCAUGGACGGGCUCGUUGCGCACGGGCUUCCCGCGGACGAGCAUGGGCGCGCCGCAGGGCUUCAGCUCCAUGUACAGCGAGACCCCUCGCAGAGCCAGCGCGCCCCCGACCAACCCAGACGAGCCGUGGAAAGUGUGCGUGAACGUGCACAGCUUCAAGCCAGAGGAGCUUAAUGUCAAAACUAAAGACGGCUUUGUAGAGGUGUCAGGGAAACAUGAGGAAAAGCAAGACGAGGGUGGAAUUGUUACCAAAAACUUCACAAAGAAAAUUCAGAUUCCAGCCGACGUGGACCCUCUCACUGUCUUUGCCUCUCUGUCUCCGGAGGGAGUUCUUAUCAUUGAAGCGCGACAGACCCCUCCAUACUACCUCUACAACAACGAAACACCUGCAGAAUUCAUGGAAGAACCCGUGGCCAAACUUCAGGAACCCAGCAUGGCUUAAACCCCAUUCUUUGAAUCACAGCACUGUCAGGGAGCAAACAGAGAGCAUGCCCAUGGUUAUUUCUUCCAAGCAUGUGCCAAAAUGUCUAGUUUUACCAGUUUCUUAAACAAAAUGGUAACACUUUACUAUCAGGUUCCAUUCGUUAACAUUAGUUAAUGUAUUAGGUAUCAUGAACAAACAAUUAACAAUAUAUUUUUACAGCAUAUAUUAAUCUUUAAUUAAUAAAUAGAUAGUUAAUAAAAACACAAUUGUUUAAUAUUAGUUCAUGUUAGUUCAUAACGCAUUAACUAAUGCUGAGUUUCAUAAAUGCUUAAUAAGUAUCGUUCAUUGUUAGUUCAUGUUAACUAAUAUUGUUAACUAAUGUUAACAAAUGGAACCUUAUUGUAAAGCAUUACCAACAAAAGUAUUAUCAUGUUUUUUUUCUUUUCUUUUUUCUUUUUUUUUUUUUUAUCAAGUUCUAUUAGUUUUAUCAUGUUCUUAAACAAAAAGUCAUUAAUUUGCUCCAAAGAUAAUGAAAUGAGCUCCACAGUCCAUGUCAAGUGUUACACCAUGGUUUGUGGUUGGAUCAAAUUCCUGUAACCAGUCAGGUGAUAAGUGAAAGGUAUUAAAGGGAUAGUUCACCCAAAAACGAAAAUUCUCUCAUCAUUUACACACCUUCAUGUCAUCCCAGAUGUGUAUGACUUUCUUUCUUCAGCAGAACACAAACAACAUUUUUUAGAAGAAUAUCUCAUCUCUGUUGGUCCUUACAAUGCAAGUGAAUGGUGAUCAGACCUUUGUAGCUCCAAAAAUCACAUAAAGGAAACAUAGAAGUAAUCCAUACGACUCCAGUGGUUAAAUCCAUAUCUUCAGAAGCGAUAUAAUAGGUGUGGGGGAGAAACAGAUCAAAAUGUAAGUCCUUUUUAUUUACUCUAAAAAUCUCUGUGUGUUCUGCUGAAGAAAGAAAGUCAUACACAUAUGGGAUGGCAUGAGGGUGAGCAAAUGAGAUGAGAAUUGUAAUUUUUGGGUGAACUAUCCCUUUAAAUGCAACCUGGUCUCAUAGACACAUGUUUAUUAUACCUACAUCUUUGCAAAAUGAUUGUUACGGGGUUCGUUGUAUGCACCAAAGCAUUUUCCUGGUAAAAUGAACUAUAAAUGAACUAAAGCUGAAUGACAUUUUAAGUUUUUCAUGUCACAUUUGCUUUUUAUUACACUAUUGGUUAGGUUUAGGGGAGGGAGGUAGGAUUUGUUGAUUUAAAACUCGAUAGAGCAUUAACCUUAAAAACCUCAUCUGUUUGGGAGAAAAUUUAACUCGCUUUUAGCGGCACACAGUGGAUAUUUCAUCACGGAACUGCUGAGAUGCAUUUAAGGAGCCACGCAACAACAUUUUGCAACAAUGUCGCCAGUAACAUUAUAUAAAUGAGAUCAGGCUUGUUAAACAUGGUGAGACAGGGCCAAAUUUCUGUAGUUUGAAUUUUAAGGCCUAAAAUAGGUCAGAAACAUGCUCUACAUAAUUACGUAAAUGUAGGCACGAAUGCUUGGACAAGACCACAUGCAUGUUGAACGUAUGUGCAUUACUUUGCCGUUAACAAACCUCAGUACUCAAGGGGGUAGAUUUAGCUUCAAAUGUCUAGCUGUAAACAUGCUGACAGUUUUACCCGCUAGUGGCAACACUGAGAAUGCAACACAAAUGUGUGCUGUGAAUUGCUAUCGGACACAGUUACGCAACAACACAUGAAAUCAAGCUUGCAUGGAUAGAAACGUUAGAGAUUACAUACUUGCGUAGGUUAUGUUUCAGGCUUAUGACCUUCUUCUGAGGUCCUUAAGUUAAUAUAAACUUGUUUUGCCCUGAGUACAAAUGUAAUGUACAAAUGUAGUAGGCUCUAUUAUAUGGAGGUCUUUACUGAAAACUGGGCCUGAAUACCGGAGCUCUUUCUCAAGGGCUUUUGAUUGUCUGUUUUGUUCUCUUUUAUCUUUUUGUGUAGGUAUGCUAUGCACUUUUAUAAUAAAUGACAUUUACAAACACAAGCCUUAUAUUUUCUCUGCAAAUAUCUAUGAAGUUAGUUAAUUAAAUGCAUUACAUAUAUAGAGAAUGUAAUUUGCUCUACUGUUGUACUGCUGUGUUUCUAUUCACCCUUACAGCAUAUU